UCAAAAUGGUUUAGAAAACGUCACAAAGAUAGCCUAAUCCUUUAGCAAUUAGCAUGAUCAGCACUUAAGAUGAUCUUGCGACCAUUUUUUCUUCUUUCAAGAAAAGAAGAUUAUAGCAAUGCAGAUCUUUGUACAAAGGAUUAAGCACUUGUGGACCGGCUGGGAGAUUCGGCUACUAGUUCUGCUCAGCCUUUUGCUACAGAUGAUCCUCAUAAUAUUUGGCGCGCAACGCAAAUACACAAGAAAAACUUGGAUCCACAUUCUUGUUUGGCUAGCUUACAUAUCUGCAGAUAGCAUAGCAACUGCCGCACUGGGAAGCCUUGCCAUCUUAUAUUGCAAAGAAGAUGCUCAAAAUCCAGACUAUUUACUCAAGUUAUUUUGGGCGCCGUUUCUUCUCUUGCACCUUGGGGGUCCAGACACCAUCACAGCUUAUUCCUUGGAAGAUAAUGAGCUAUGGCUGAGGCAUUUUCUCAAUCUUAUGGUCCAGAUUAGUGGGGCAUGUUCUCUCUGGUUGAGCUCUUGGGGUCGUGACAACGCCCUUGCAUUCAUAGCCAUUCCCGUGUUUGUUGGGGGAAUUAUCAAGUACGGCCAAAGAACUUGGGUUCUCAGGUCCUCAAGCUCCAAAUAUUUUAGAAAUUCCUUGCUUCCACCUCCUGACCCUGGUCCUGAUUAUUUUAAAUUAUCAAGAUCUGCAAGCCUGACCUCACCAAUUCGAGCACAACUACCUCACCACUACAUCAACCCAGAACUCAUGCAACUUCGAAUUUUAUUUAAGGACUUAAAAUAUCUCUUUGCAGAUCUUAUCCUGGACUUCCAGGAUCGAGAACAUAGCCACUUUAUCAUCAGUAGCAAGUCAUCAGAAGAUGCUUUCAAAUUAGUUGCAACUGAGCUUGGAUUAAUGUAUGAUGUGCUCUACACCAAAGCAAACAUCGUUUACUCAAGGUCAGGCAUCGUCUUUCGCUGCAUCACUUGUUUGUCCUCUAUUGCUGCAUUAGUAGCCUUCUCAUCUAUCAUUGAUAAGAAGCAAUUCUCAACUGCUGACAUUUUUAUAACAUACACAUUGCUUGUUGGAGCUGUUGCUCUUGAGAAGUCUCAAAACAAUACUUGGGUGGAUAUUAAUGCUGAUUUGCAAGCAUUGAUCUUUACUCAACUGAAAAACAAAUCUGACCUGGUGUCGAGUGAUAUAGCAUGCAAGAAGCUCUUGGAAUUGAGUGGUUCUCAGGUGCUGGAAAAGUAUGGGUGCCUCAAUGAAUUUCGAUGGAACACGGCUGAUGUAGAGUUCAAUCAUAUCCUCCUCCUCUGGCACAUUGCUACUGAAAUUUGUUUCCAAAAUGAUUUUGGGGGCCAGCUUGAAAGUAGUAUCAUUAAGAAGGCCAAAAUCAGCAAAUGGCUAUCUGAUUACAUGCUCUAUCUUCUUGUUAAGUAUCCAAAUUUCUUGCCCAAAGGAAUUGGGGAGAUAAGGUACAGAGACACUUGUGCAGAAGCUGUGAGAUUUUUCAGACAAGAAUGGGGUAGGAUAUUUGAUCCUAGCAUAAAGACUAGGGUGGUUAAUGCUUGCAAAAUAUUGCUUGAGGUGGAUACUAGUAUGCCAGCGAUGGAAAUAAAGGGAGACCAAAGCAAAUCGUUGCUCAUUUUUGGGUGUAACCUGGCAAAGAGGUUACAACAGCUGCAGAUUGAACAAAAAUGGGAGAUAACGAGUGAAGUGUGGGUAGAAUUCCUGGCAUAUGCUGCAAGUCAUUGUGACUGGAAAAAACAUGGGCAACUGCUUACAAAUGGUGGAGAGCUACUUACUCAUGUUUGCCUUCUCAUGGCACAUCUUGGGUUAAGUGAGCAGUAUCAGAUAGAAGAAAAGCUGAUACGGUCUAAGGUCUUCCACACCUCUCCUCCUGCUGGCCCUGAGAGGGGCCAAAGGUGGUUCCUAGUUAAACCUUGGAAUCUAUUCAACUGGUUUUAUUGUCAUUUUGUCAAAUAUUGCUGCUCCGAUCCUUUCCUGUAUGGAGAAGCGUAAUUGUGGAUAGCACCGGCGUGACGAUUCUUCUCUUUAGGUUGGAGUUUGCUCAGAUUCUAUGUACAAAUGCUCUUUGGAUUGCUGCAGAAGUUUCAUAUUUCCUGUAACUUUUGUUUCAUGCUUGUGUUAUCUGGUACUUGGUUCGAUUUUCCUGGUAUUGUUCUUUUGGUUUUGGGUCUAGAAGUUUCUGCUUGUCUCCUAAAUAAGCAUACCAGGACAUG